AUGGGUGCUCUCGGCGGCUUCCACAGCUUCAACGGGGCCCACGCGGUUGGCGCAUCGAUUGCAAACGCGCGCCUCUUCUACCAGGACAUGCGCCGCGACCUAGGCCGCAUGACGACGACGUACAACCUCGUGCCCGGUUACGUCUUCCUUUUUGAACUCUUUGACGAGGCGAAGAAGACGGGAAACCCAGCAGAGGCACAUUGGGGAUUGCUCAACCAGGACGGAACCCCCAAGCUUGGCUUGACGGAGUUCGUCCUCCCCCCAUCUUUCUCGGCAACAAAGCCCUGA